CAGAUUGUGGUGGACUCUUGUCGCCAAAGAUCUUCAGAUAACUAACUAGUCGGACAUCUUGGAUUAUUCAGUGACUCAUUUCCUAUGAUGAGGGCCUUAAAGGCCUUUAAAGCCCACACGUCUCGACAACAAUUGAAGAAGACUCCGGAAAGUUCAGUUUGAAAGGGGCUCAGUCUGCUGUGCUACACGACGCGCAAGCCUCAGCCAUGGCUACAGAACGCUGUUUCACUGUCCCCAUCGGAGAGAUCGACCAUUCCGACCCAAAUUGGAACCGGAGGAAAGAUGCCAUUCCCUCCACCAUCGUGAUAGGAAAAAUGUGGGUGGACGGUGAAGGAUACAGAUUCACCCGGUUGACGGAAGAUCAAGUCCUUGUGGACUUUGAUCAUGAGUCUGCGAAAAAUCCGGUCAAUUGGACUCAUAGAAAGAAAAUGUACACCGUCCUCACAGCACUCUUUCUGGUGCUCAACUCUGGAAUAUCGUCCUCUUUACCCAGCAAUGUCGUUCCAGCGAUGAUGCGCGAAUUCAAUGUCACAGGUGACCCGCAGAAGGUUCUCCCCACCGCUGUCUUUCUUAUUGGAUAUGUCGUGGGUCCCUUGUUCUUCAGUCCAUUGAGCGAGACAAUAGGGAGAAGGCCCGUUCUACUUUGGAGCUUCACCGUGUUUCUUUUGGCCACGAUAGCGUGUACCUUCGCCCCGAAUUGGCCAGCGAUGUUGGUAUUUCGAUUCCUAUGCGGAGCCAUGGGGGCCGCUCCCCAAACCGUGGUAGGUGGAGUCUACGCUGAUAUGUUUGAGACUCCACGUGCUCGGGGCCGAGUAAUGGCAUUUUAUAUGGCGGCGGCGAGCUUUGGUCCGAUUGUUGGCCCUAUUAUUUCCGGCUGCAGCGCGCAGUACGGCUGGCGAUGGUCAUUCCGCAUCGAUCUUAUCCUUGUUGGCUGUAGCUGGCUUAGUUCGCUUUUCCUGCCAGAGACAUUUAGUCGGGUUAUUGUCAAGAAGCAUGUCGCCUUACUGAACAAGCAGUCAUCCACCCAUAGCUAUGUCUCUCAGCGAGAGUUGCAGAGUGCCGCAGUUCAAUGUACCUUGAAAGAGACUUUGACGAGACCGAUCACCAUGAUGUUCACUGAGCCAAUUAUCCUUUUCACUGGGAUAUACUUGGCUUUUGCUUAUGGGCUUAUUUUCUUUUGCUUCCAGGCAUACCCUAUAAUCUUUGAAGGUACCUACGGUUUCAAUGUCAAGCAAACAUCGCUGUGCUAUUUGCCCAUUGGAAUUGGCGCAGCAUCCUCUGGCCUUGUCUCGUUGUACUACGACGUCAUCUAUGAGCGAGCCAAAGCGCAAGGGAAGAAAUGGACGACCAUUCCGGAGUUACAGAGACUCCCGGUAGCCUGCAUUGGCGGACCAUGUCUCACCAUUAGUCUCUUUUGGCUAGGAUGGACCGCCAACCCACAGAUUUACUGGCUGGUGCCGGUGCUCUCGGGUCUGUUCUUUGGCUUCGGAUACCAGAUAAUCUUCAUUUCGCUGUUGACCUAUGUCACCGAUGCGUACAAGAUCUAUUCUGCCAGUGCGUUAGCAGCUUCUGUGAUCACGCGGAGUAUUCUGGGUGCCGUCUUCCCCUUGGCAGCUGAUCCGAUGUAUUCAGCGCUUGGCGUCGGAUGGGGGACAUCGGUCCUGGGCUUUGCAAGCAUGGCCUGCAUUCCCAUUCCACUGGCCUUCCUCUAUGCCGGAGAGUGGAUCCGCAAGAGAAGCACAUUCUGCCAGCAGCUGCUGAAAGAUGACAGCGCCACAGAAGAUAACCACGUCACACGCCCUGUGACUCCGGAAGCCGUUUGAAUUACUCGUGUCACCCAAGCGGGUGUCUGUCUCUUCUCCGCCAUCUACCCAUUGUGGGAUAUAUACCUACGCAUAUUCCCGAAAACGCUUGUUGAGUUCUCUGAUCUUACGCCUACGCUCAAAACAGCCCAGAUCUAGAGGCUAUAUCUUCUCGACAUGACUUCCAAGCAGUGUCAUCCUCCAGUCAGGACAUUCGACUUUCAUUUUUCACCUUUUUCUUCGAACAAAAUCACUAAUUUCAAGACUAAUAUCGACGACAGUCUGUCCUUGCACAAAUGUUCCACAGCAACCGUUGGGGUUUGCGCUAAGGAUGCAUGGAGGCUUUCGGUUAUGGAUAAUGAUUUUCGGCAGCAUAGAAUUAACGGCCUAAUGUGACAGAUAGACCUAGAUGACCUAAUGCAUAUUUACUUAGCCUGAAUGCAU